CUCGGGGCGGGCUGCGCAUGCGUGGCGCCGCGGCCGGGUCAGUGUGUAUGUGAGAGGCUGACGGGUUCAAAAUGGCGGCGGCGGCUCCUGUAAGAGGACAAAGGCGCCGGCGAGACCUGGAGGAAGAGGAGGAAGACAGCAGUCCUGGAGUGUCCUUCUCACUCUCUUCAGAAGAAUCGGAGAUGGAGCCUGAGGAAGAAAGGAUCCGUUACAGCCAAAGACUGCGUGGCACGAUGAGACGGCGUUACGAGGACGAUGGCAUCUCUGAUGAUGAAAUUGAAGGGAAGAGGACAUUUGACUUGGAGGAAAAGCUGUCCACCAACAAGUUUAACUCCACCUUCGUGGUCUUCAUGGAAGGCAAAGACUUCACAGUUGAAUACAUCCAGCGCGGUGGCCUGAGAGACCCUCUCAUCUUCAGGAGCUCCGAUGGCUUGGGGAUAAAGAUGCCUGAUCCAGACUUUAGCGUGAAUGAUGUGCGGCUCUGUGUUGGGAGCCGACGCAUGGUGGAUGUCAUGGAUGUGAACACCCAGAGGGAUAUCGAGAUGUCCAUGGCGCAGUGGGCACGCUACUAUGAAACACCGGAGGCCGAGAGGGAGAAACUUUACAAUGUCAUCAGCCUGGAGUUCAGCCACACCAAGCUGGAGAACCUGGUGCAGAGACCUGCGACGGUGGAUUUGAUUGACUGGGUUGAUAACAUGUGGCCAAGGCAUCUGAAGGAGAGUCAGACAGAGUCUACGAAUGCGAUCCUGGAGAUGCAGUAUCCAAAGGUGCAGAAGUACUGUCUGAUGAGUGUCAAGGGCUGCUACACAGAUUUCCAUGUGGACUUUGGUGGCACUUCUGUGUGGUACCACAUCCACCGAGGAGGAAAGAUCUUCUGGCUGAUCCCUCCUACACCCCAGAACCUGGAGCUCUAUGAAAACUGGCUUCUCUCAGGGAAGCAAGGAGACAUAUUUCUUGGGGACAGAGUGUCAGAGUGCCAGCGUAUUGAGCUCAAGCAAGGCUACACGUUUGUCAUCCCCUCAGGUUGGAUCCAUGCUGUGUACACUCCCAUGGACACCCUGGUUUUUGGAGGCAACUUCUUACACAGCUUCAACAUCCCUAUGCAGCUCCGGAUCUACAGCAUCGAAGACCGCACACGGGUCCCAAAUAAGUUCCGUUAUCCCUUCUAUUAUGAGAUGUGUUGGUACGUGCUGGAACGCUACGUCUACUGUAUCACCAGCCGCUCGCAUCUGACCAAGGACUUCCAGAAGGAAUCGCUCAGCAUGGAUAUGGAGCUGAGCUCCUCUGACUCGGUAAACAUGGAAGAGGAGGAGGAGGAAGAGGAGGAGGAGGAUGCGGCAGGGAAGGAAUCCAGGCGACCAGUCACAAGGCGAUCCAUUCUCACCAGCCCUGUAGCCAAUGGUGCCAAUGUGGACUAUGAUGAACUGGGCAAGAGCUGCCGGAGCAGCCUGCCAGGUCUGAAGAAGACCCCAUCUGUAGACUCUUCCGACUCCAGCCGGGGCUCCCAAAACGGCCAGGCCUGGGACCCAAACGGUGGCAGCCCACGCAAGACCAGGAAGGUGCAUCUGACACAGUUUGAGCUGGAGGGGCUGCGCUGCCUCGUGGACAAACUGGAGUCACUCCCCCUGCACAAGAAGUGCGUUCCCACCGGCAUCGAGGACGAGGACGCCCUCAUCGCUGACGUCAAGCUGCUGCUAGAAGAAUACGCAAACAGCGACCCUAAACUGGCACUUACAGGCGUCCCCAUCGUCCAGUGGCCCAAGAGAGAUAAGCUAAAGCUCCAGGCCCGGCUGAGGGUGCGCCUGCCCACCAUCCCUAUCACCAAGCCGCACACCAUGAAGCCAACUCCCCGCCCGACACCCGUCAGGUCAACAGUCUCUCCCAUCGUGUCAGGCGCCAGACGGAGGCGGGUGCGGUGCCGAAAAUGCAAGGCUUGCAUGCAGGGCGAGUGUGGCAUGUGCCACUACUGCAGGGACAUGAAGAAAUUUGGUGGGCCUGGCCGCAUGAAGCAGUCCUGUGUCCUCCGGCAGUGCUUAGCGCCCAGGCUGCCUCACUCGGUCACGUGUGCACUUUGCGGGGAGGUGGAUCAGAAUGAGGACUCGCAGGACUUUGAGAAGAAGCUCAUGGAAUGCUGUAUCUGCAAUGAGAUUGUUCACCCCGGCUGCCUGCAGAUGGACGGAGAAGGGCUGCUCAACGACGAGCUCCCGAACUGCUGGGAGUGCCCCAAGUGCUACCAGGGUGACGAUGCAGAAAAGGGCCAGAAGCGGAAGGUGGAGGAAAGCGACGAUGACACGGUGCAAGCCAAGGUGCUGCGGCCCCUGCGGAGCUGCGAGGAGCCCCUGACCCCCCCACCCAACUCGCCCACCCCCAUGCUGCAGCUGAUCCACGAUCCAGCAUCGCCACGAGGCGUGGUGACACGUUCAUCCCCGGGAGCCGGCCCCAGCGACCACCACAGCGCCAGCAGAGACGAGCGCUUCAAGCGACGGCAGCUGCUGCGGCUCCAGGCCACCGAGCGAACCAUGGUGAGGGAGAAGGAGAACAACCCCAGUGGCAAGAAGGAGCUCUCAGAGGUGGAGAAGGCCAAGCUGCACGGCUCCUACCUCACCGUGACGCUUCAGCGUCCCACCAAAGACGUCCACGGCACUUCUAUCGUCCCCAAGCUGCAAGCCAUCACAGCCUCCUCCACCAACCUGCAGCAUUCGCCCCGUGUGGUGAUGCGUCACGCACCCACCAGGAUGCCCCUGCGGGGCAGCGGCGAGGAGGAGGCGGCGGCUGAGGAGGAUGAGGAGGAAGAGGAGGACGAGGAUGAGAACGCAGAGGAGGGAGGGGUGGCCCGGCUUAAUGGCCGAGGUGGCCGGGCGCAAGAGGGCGAGGAGAGCUGGAUGCAGCGCGAGGUGUGGAUGUCUGUCUUCCGCUACCUCACUCGCAGGGAGCUCUGCGAGUGCAUGCGGGUGUGCAAGACCUGGUACAAGUGGUGCUGUGACAAGAGAUUGUGGACAAAAAUAGAUUUGAGCAGGUGCAAGUCCAUAACCCCACAAGCGCUGAGUGGCAUCAUCAAAAGGCAACCAGUCAGCCUCGACCUCAGCUGGACCAACAUCUCCAAAAAACAGCUCACGUGGCUCGUCAACAGGCUGCCAGGCCUGAAAGACCUCAUCCUAGCAGGCUGUUCCUGGUCUGCGGUCUGUGCUCUCAGUACCUCCAGCUGCCCCCUUCUCAGGACCCUCGAUCUUCGGUGGGCAGUAGGAAUCAAGGACCCUCAGAUCCGGGACUUACUCACGCCUCCAACAGACAAACCCAGUCAGGACAAUCGCAGCAAACUCCGCAACAUGAUUGAUUUCCGGCUCGCCGGCCUGGACAUCACCGACGCCACACUGCGGCUGAUCAUCCGCCACAUGCCCCUGCUCUCCCGCCUCGACCUCAGCCACUGCAACCACCUUACAGACCAGUCGGCCAACCUCCUCACGGCCGUGGGCUCUUCCACACGCAACUCCCUCACCGAGCUCAACAUGGCAGGCUGCAAUAAGCUGACGGACCAGGCCUUGCUGUACCUGCGACGCAUCUCCAACGUCACCCUAAUCGACCUGCGAGGUUGCAAACAGAUCACCCGCAAAGCCUGUGAGCACUUCAUCUCGGACCUGUCCAUCAACAGCCUCUACUGCCUGUCCGAUGAGAAGCUGAUCCAAAAAAUCAGCUAGAAACCCUCUGCGGGGCAGACUGAGGAGAAGGAAAAGAGCCCAUCCCACCUCUCUCGGAGAGCUGCUCCUCCAUGGUCCCACCUUGUCCUCCGUGUCCUGCCCCUGCCUCCCACCUGACUCAGCAGGCAGGGCUGCCGCUGGCUGCGCUCCACCGUCCUUCCUCCUCCUCUUGUGGGCCUUCUGCCAAUGAAGACGGUCCCACCAGGCUGGCCAGUACCAGAGGAGGAACGGGCACAUGGCAGGGAGCCCUGGAGGUUGUCACGGAGAAGUGGGGCGCCCUCUCCCCUCAGCUUUUCCCCCACCUUCCCAGCAUCUCCUUGCCUUGAAACACUUGUUGCUUCCCCAUUAGCACAAAGCUUGAGGGUCAAGGGCUCUCCAAGGAAGCAGGAGCAGAGCUGGACCAAAAGCCACCCAUCGGUGCCACCAUGCCCUGCGCUCUCGGCCCCCUUUAGGUUUCCCCUCAUCCGGGGAGGGGUUGGGAUCGAACCCCUUUCCUUCUCGUCUAUCCAAGCAGCUCCUGGUUGUGGUGGUUCCAGGAGCAGGAGAAGCGAGGCUGGGAGAUGAUGCUCUUCUGCUCUUCUGGAGCACCCGUCAAUCCCAAGACAACUCCUUCCGGAGAGGAUGGGAGCAGAGGAGAAACACCCAGGUCCAUCAGAGCUCAGGGAGGACUCGGAAAGUAUCACCUAGGGCUGAGGGAGCACCCGGGGAGGGAACAGGACCUGCCUCCUCUUCCUCCCCAGCUCGGCCCUGCCAAGCACUGGGCUUGGAGAGGCGAAAGCCGCUCGCUCUGCCCAGGCCCCACGGCCCCUCCUGGCACCACGGCCCCACCGCAGCGUCUUCUCGUUCCCCCAUUCCCUUUUUUCGCUGCCGUUUUUCCUUUGCAAUGAACGGUCGGUCCAAAGAACCUCUCUCUAGGGCAGCAGAGAGCUUUUUGCACUUUAAAAAAAAAAAAAAAAACAACAAAAAAACAAACAAACGUGAAAAAAAAAACAAAAACACAGAAAAAAGAAACUACAAAAAAAAAAAGUUGGAAUUUUUUUUUUUUUUUUUUUUUUUUUUGAGUCAUUAUUUUAUUUCCCUGCCUGUGCCCGGACUUUUCCCCCCGGCACGGAGCCCGGCCUGUGGCAGCAGCGCUUACGGAGAGCACAAAACGCCCCCGGAGAGGAGGCCGGGGGUCGCGCCGAGCAGCCCCCUUGUCGCUUCCGAAGCAAUAAAGGAAGGAAAAACGGUGGCAGCUCCCUCUGUCCCGGGCUCGAGGGGUUUGGAAUCAUGUCCUUCUGCUUCCCUCCCUGUUUGGAAACUCAACCUUCAUCCUUCCCAAAACCGGGUGGGAUGCGAGGGGCCGCGGCGAGGAAGAGCGGCGAGCCAGGCCGCGCCUGCCUUACUCUCUUCGUCCGAAGAAUCAAAGCUUUUUAUUUACGUUUUCCUUCGGGAUCGAUUUAUUUUGUGGAGUUUUAGGGGAAAAAAAAAAAUAAAUAAAGACACAAAAGGCAGCGAGCAAGCACGGAGCAACUUGUGCCCCGCUCGGGCCUGAGCGCGGAGCUCCCUACGUGCCACCACGGAGCCCAAGAAUCCCCGUGGGGGGAAAAUCCCUGCGGAAAGAAGUGGAAAAAAAGAGAAAAUUCUAUAUAUAAAAAAAAUCACUUAGUGAUUUAAAAACCAGCCCCUACUGCUCCCCACGGACACCUCCCGCGAGAAGGCACCGGCAUCGAAGGCUUUGGUUGUGGUUUGGGUUCGUUUCGAUCCCCCCCUCCUCCCUCUCCCGUUUUUCCCUUUCCCCCCUCGGAGAAAUAUUGUAAAUAUCUAUUUUUUUGUUGGCGAUUUCGAGUCCAUCUCUGAUGUUUUGUGCUUUCAAAAUUAAAUGUAAGCA